UCCUCGGGUCUGUGAUAUCAGCGCGUCUCUCAGCAUGGCGAAGCUUCAGCGUGGGGAGUCUGAGUGUGAGUUAGAAAAAGGAGUGAGAGUUAGUGUAGUAAUGUCUGAUUCCAGUGAGGAUGAGGGUCCUGAAGAGGUGGCGUUUGAAGAGUCUAGAUCCGCUGCUCUGAAGAGUGAGGAGGAGAAGCUGCAGGCCGCUAAGAGGGAAAAGGAGCUGCUGAAGGAGAAAAGAAGAAAAAGGCAGCAGUUUUUCCAGGAACAAAAGAAAAAAAGGCUUCUUUCAGACACACUUUUGGAAGAGUUUGAUACAGUACCACAGAAACAAAAGAAGCUUUCAGAUGACAGAGAUGAGGAGAAGGACAAGAAACAGCAGAAGCUGACUAAGUCAAAGAAAAAGAAAGCAUCUAGAAGUUUGCAGGGAAACUGCAGUGUGAUGCGGCUGAAGGACGAGUCCGCUGAUUCUUCAAUGCAGCAGUCAGCCAUGGACUUCAUUCAAGCACGCCUCUACGGAUCAGGAACCUUGAGAACAACCAAUGCUGAGCUUCUGUCCCUGGAAAAGAAAAGGGGUGUGAAAAAGGGAGCUGCAGUGCAGUUUGUGAAUAAGAAAUGGGGAGCAGAACAGAAGGCCAAGGCUGAGAAGUCCAACAAGAGAUUUAUUCACAGGCAGAAGCUCGUUACCACCUGAGAGCUGGAACAUUUUUUUUAUUGGAUGUUUUGGAGGUGAUGGCUACAUCAAAGAAAACUUUCCAGCUCACCUCACUGGACCUUUCUGCUGUUUUAGCAGCUGCGGCGGCUGAAGGUUGGAGGGCUGUAGGCAAAGUGACUGGUCCAGAGUUGCCACAAACCCCCUGUAGACAAACAUUAUAGGGGGUCUUAUGGCUGUGGAAGCACCUCAUAGUGAAAUAACUGUGUAAUUUGAGUUUAAGUCAUUGUAAAACAAAAAAACUUGGACGUUUUUGGUUGUAUUAUAUUAUGGUCACAGUGGAUAGUGUUCUGAUACUGGGCCUUAUUGAAAAUACAGUUAUGUAAUCUUAUCUUGUUUAUGAUUGAUUUAAAUUGAGUUGAGUGCUGGUAUGAAAAUUGCUGUAACUAUUAGUUAUUAACUAGUUUUGCAGACAGGGGUAUUAGGCCUAGUUUUGGACUGCAUAUCAUUUUUGAAUAGAGAUUUAGCAUUGAAAGAUGAAUUUAGUCUUGGACUAGGCUUAAUCCCUGUCUGGGAAACUGACCCAAUAUGUCCUUGAAGUGAAGGAGAUAUUACAUUUUGUUUUAAAGCAGCGGCUUUAGUUAAAUCGAAUCUUUAUCAUUUACACAAUUUACUCCUAGACCGGUUAAAUGCGGUUAGGUAAUUUAUCUCUUGGCCAGCAUUUUAUAUGUUUUAGUUUGAUUGUUUAAGUGGUACAAAUUUGAAAAGCCUGUAUUGUUAAGCAGACCAGUAUGUGUGUUAUGUUUUUCCCUGGAUGACCAGCUUUCCUACCACCUCAAAGACCAGCUUAACCCUUCCAACACCACAGAUCAGUACUAGCUAGGCUUGAGUUGGAUUUUUUUUAGGAGAUUUUCUUUGUUGUCUGAAGUAAAGACAGCCCCUCUGUACAUUUUUGGUUAAAUGUUUGCUUUAAAUAAUGUACAUGCUUUAUUUUCUAAAAACAAACAAGACAAUUGAA